CGAACUUCCAAUUCAUCCAUCCCUAACAAUUUCAAAAUGGCCUCCAAACCCUUCGCUAUCAUCGCCGGUGUCGGCCCCGGCACUGGCGCCUCCAUCGCCAGACGCUUCGCCAAAGCAUACUCGGUUGUUGUGCUGGCGCGCAACCCAGCCAACUUCCAGCCCGUCGUCGACGAGAUCAACUCCGCCGGCGGCCAAGCCACCGGCAUCAGCGCGGACCUGUCGGACACUCCGGGCGUCAAAUCCGCUUUCGAGAAGAUCGCGGAGCAGUACUCGGGCUCUGCGCUGGCUGCUGCAGUCUUCAACUCCGGGGGAGGCUUUGUCCGAAAGCCGUUCCUCGAGCUGACCGAGCAGGAAUUCUCGGGGGGCUUCGAGAGUCAAGGAAAGGGAGCCUUCAACUUCGCCCAAGGCGUUCUGCCUCUGUUGCUUCAGGCGAAGGGGCUCCAGAACCCGCCCACUCUUAUCUUCACCGGUGCGACGGCGAGUCUGAAGGGAUCGGCGAACUUCGCUGGCUUCGCGUCUGGCAAGUUUGCGCUCCGCGCGUUGGCGCAGUCGUUGGCGCGGGAGUUUGGGCCUAAGGGCGUCCAUGUGUCUCAUGUGAUUAUUGAUGGCGUGAUCGAUAUCCCCCGUACGAAGGGGUGGCAGUUUGAGCAUGAGGAUGCGAAGCUGGAUCCUGAGGCUAUUGCUGAGUCGUAUUGGCAUUUGCAUGAACAACCUCGCACAACUUUCGGGUUUGAGUUGGAUCUUCGGCCGUAUGUGGAGAAAUGGUAGUCCCCUGCGCCAAGCACCCGUGCAGUCGACGAGUAGAUAUCUAGGGCGGAUGCAGCUACGACGGAGGAAUUGAGACGGAUUCCGCGAUCUGCAUGGACUUGACAGGGGACCUACCCGUUUGGACUGUCGAUCGCGACAUUUGGAGACAUAUUCCGGUGGGGUGGGAGGGGAACGUCGUGGGUUGAUUGCGAGGCUUGAACACCCUGGAAGUAUUCGGCUCCGAAUCAGGCGUUAUGCGAUUUAUGCAAUGAAGUCAUGUUAUCCAGUUUAGCAGCGUGUAUCCAGAACUAUAUAAUGGAACUCGAUC